UGUACAGAGGCAGCCCCAGCCACAGAGAGACCGAGAGCUCCCGGAGAACCCGGACUCCGCCAUCUUCACGUUGCAAUCUAUAGCUCCCGUCCACGCCCGCACCGACCCGGGCGCACUGGGCGAGCCGCCCCGCAGCCCCGCUCCCCCUGGGCCCGCGGAGCCGGGCAGUGCUGGGGAGCGCGCGCGGGGACUGCAGCCCCUCCGGCCGGCGCCAGCCUGCCAGGUGACCCGGGAAGGAGACGCUCCCGGAGUCCCCCAGAGCCUCGGAGGGGUCAGCCUCCGAGAAAGAAAAAAAGCAGGCAGCGCGCAGAAAACCCAGAAAGAGCCGAACCAAGGCAGUUUUUCAUUGCUUUUGGGCUUUUGAGGGGGCGGGGUGAGGGGGUACGAGACAAGUCCCCAAGUUUUCUUUGCUUGUUUUUUUUUCUUCUUUUUUGAAAUUUGUUUGCAUUUUUUCUCCCCCCUCCCCUUGGGUGGAAGUGCGCGUUCCACCUACCAGACCCCGAAAGAAAAGUGUCAGAGGCCGGUGCAAAACCCGGCGUAACUUCAAGAAGACAUUUACAAGUCUAAGAGGCCAAGCACUUUGAAGAAGUGUGAGAGAUAUUUUUCCUCCAAAAGAAUAUAUUUUUAAAGAAACCAGCCAGUCCGCGGCGAGCAACAGCAGUUUUAUCAUUUAUUUUUGCCUUUUCUAUUUUAGACCAAACCAUCUUCCUGGCUUUUUCUUUUUUUCAAAAACAAAAACAAAAACACAGCCCAGAAGAGAGAGCAAAAUAAAGACGAAGAAGAAGAAGAGGAGGAGGAGGAGGAAGCGAGGAAGGGCAGAGGCACCAACCCGGGCAGAGGAGGAGGCGCGGCGGCGGCGGCGGCUCGGACCCCCUCCCCGACCCGCAUCUGUGCAGCUCUCCGGGCGAUGCCAGAAUAGAUGCCGGGGCAAUGUCCCGCCGCAAACAGGGCAACCCGCAGCACUUGUCCCAGAGGGAACUCAUCACGCCAGAGGCUGACCAUGUGGAGGCUGCCAUCCUCGAGGAAGACGAGGGUCUGGAGAUAGAGGAACCUAGCAGCCUGGGGCUGAUGGUGGGUGGCCCCGACCCUGACCUACUCACCUGUGGCCAGUGUCAGAUGAACUUCCCUCUGGGGGACAUCCUGGUGUUUAUAGAGCACAAGAAGAAACAGUGUGGGGGCCUGGGGGCCUGCUACGACAAGGGCCUGGACAAGGGCAGUCCUCCACCCUCCUCUCGCUCUGAGCUCAGGAGAGUGUCGGAGCCAGUGGAGAUCGGGAUCCAGGUCACCCCUGAUGAAGAUGACCACCUACUAUCACCCACGAAAGGCAUCUGUCCCAAGCAGGAGAACAUUGCAGGGCCGUGCAGGCCUGCCCAGCUGCCACCGAUGGCCCCCAUAGCUGCCUCCUCUUCCCACCCUCCCACAUCCGUGAUUACUUCACCUCUGCGUGCCCUGGGCGCUCUCCCACCCUGCUUCCCGCUGCCUUGCUGUGGCGCACGCCCUGUCUCGGGCGACGGGACUCAGGGUGAGGGUCAGAUGGAGGCUCCCUUUGGAUGCCAGUGUCAGUUGUCAGGUAAAGAUGAGCCUUCCAGCUACAUUUGCACAACAUGCAAGCAGCCCUUCAACAGCGCCUGGUUUCUGCUGCAGCAUGCGCAGAACACGCACGGCUUCCGCAUCUACCUGGAGCCCGGGCCAGCCAGCAGCUCGCUCACGCCCAGGCUCACCAUCCCGCCUCCGCUCGGACCGGAGGCCGUAGCGCAGUCCCCACUCAUGAAUUUUCUUGGGGACAGCAACCCCUUCAACCUGCUGCGCAUGACGGGCCCCAUUCUGCGGGACCACCCCGGCUUCGGCGAGGGCCGCCUGCCAGGUACGCCGCCGCUCUUCAGCCCACCGCCGCGCCAUCACCUGGACCCACACCGCCUCAGUGCAGAGGAGAUGGGGCUCGUGGCCCAGCACCCCAGUGCCUUCGACCGAGUCAUGCGCCUGAACCCCAUGGCCAUAGACUCUCCCGCCAUGGACUUCUCGCGGCGGCUGCGAGAACUGGCUGGCAACAGCUCCACGCCGCCACCUGUGUCCCCAGGCCGUGGCAACCCUAUGCACCGGCUGCUGAACCCUUUCCAGCCCAGCCCCAAGUCCCCGUUUCUCAGCACGCCACCGCUGCCACCCAUGCCUGCGGGCACGCCGCCGCCACAGCCUCCCGCCAAGAGCAAGUCUUGUGAGUUCUGCGGCAAGACCUUCAAAUUCCAGAGCAAUCUCAUCGUGCACCGGCGCAGCCACACGGGCGAGAAGCCCUACAAGUGCCAGCUGUGCGACCACGCGUGCUCGCAGGCGAGCAAGCUCAAGCGCCACAUGAAGACGCACAUGCACAAGGCAGGUUCGCUGGCCGGCCGCUCUGAUGAUGGACUGUCGGCUGCCAGCUCCCCAGAGCCAGGCACCAGCGAGCUGCCUGGAGACCUCAAAGCGGCUGAUGGCGACUUCCGUCACCACGAGAGCGACCCAUCACUGGGCCCCGAGCCUGAGGACGACGAGGACGAGGAGGAGGAAGAAGAGGAACUGCUGCUGGAGAAUGAGAGCCGGCCUGAGUCUAGCUUCAGUAUGGACUCGGAGCUGGGUCGUGGCCGUGAAAACGGGGGUGGCGUGCCCGGCGUGGCAGGUGCAGGUGCCGCAGCCGCAGCGCUGGCGGAUGAGAAAGCGCUGGCACUGGGCAAGGUGAUGGAGGACGCGGGGCUGGGCGCUCUGCCACAGUAUGGGGAGAAGCGUGGAGCCUUCCUGAAGCGUGCAGGUGAUGCGGGUGAUACGGGUGCUGGUGGCUGUGGGGACACAGGUGCACCGGGUGCGGUGAACGGGCGUGGUGGGGCCUUUGCACCAGGCGCAGAGCCCUUUCCUGCUCUCUUCCCACGCAAGCCUGCACCAUUGCCCAGCCCUGGGCUUGGUGGCCCUGCGCUGCACGCGGCCAAGCGCAUCAAGGUGGAGAAGGACCUGGAGCUACCGCCCGCCGCGCUCAUCCCAUCCGAGAACGUGUACUCGCAGUGGCUUGUGGGCUACGCAGCUUCACGCCAUUUCAUGAAGGACCCGUUCCUGGGCUUCACGGACGCGCGCCAGUCACCUUUCGCCACGUCGUCCGAGCACUCGUCCGAGAACGGUAGCCUGCGCUUCUCCACGCCGCCGGGGGACCUGCUGGAUGGUGGGCUAUCGGGGCGCAGCGGCACAGCGAGCGGGGGCAGCACGCCUCACCUGGGUGGCCCUGGUCCUGGGCGGCCGAGCUCCAAGGAGGGCCGCCGCAGCGACACGUGCGAGUACUGCGGCAAGGUCUUCAAGAACUGUAGCAACCUGACGGUGCACCGGAGAAGCCACACCGGAGAGCGGCCUUACAAGUGCGAGCUGUGCAACUACGCGUGUGCGCAGAGCAGCAAGCUCACGCGCCACAUGAAGACGCAUGGGCAGAUCGGCAAGGAGGUGUACCGCUGCGACAUCUGCCAGAUGCCCUUCAGCGUCUACAGCACCCUGGAGAAACACAUGAAAAAGUGGCACGGUGAACACUUGCUGACUAAUGAUGUCAAAAUCGAGCAGGCCGAGAGGAGCUAAGCGCGUGUGCAGGGGGGCACCGCGUGCGUCUGUACAGCGUGACCAUUGCCAAUCAUCGCCAAUGGGACCCGUGACCGGACUGGCCUCUGUGUCCCCGGGGCCCAGGGAGGCGGCAGUCCAACCUAACCUGUGUCUGCGAAGUCCUAUGGAAACCUGAGGGUUGAUUAAGGCAGUAAAAAUUAAAAAAAAAAAAUUGUGGAGCCUUUUAACUGUGCAAUAUUUUCUGUAUUUAUUGGGUUUUGUAAUUUUUUGGCAUGUAUGUGCAGGUACUUAUUAUUAUUAUUAUUUCUGUUUAAAUUCCUUUAAAAGAUUUCGUUGGGUAUCCAUCCCUUCAUUUUUUAAUAACCCAGUAGUAGUUUGAGCAAUGACUCGCAAGUGACGUAGAGGGAAGCUAUCUUUUAAAUUAUAAUUUUUGUGUGUGUGGGGGGGGUGCUGCUUUUUUGAAAUUUAAGCUAAGCAUGUGUAAUUUCUUGUCAAGAAGCCAACACUUAAAUGACUUUUAAAGUUGUUUGCCUUUUCAUCAUUUACUUUUGUCCUGAAAUUAAAAAAAAAAAAUAAAAAGUGGCAUGUGGGUUUUUUUUUUUUUCGG